AUGGCCGCCCGCGACGCCCUCGCGAAGGCCUGCGACCGCCUGGCUCAGGCCAUGGACACGGACCCACCGGAACCCCUCGCGCUGCCGGCGGCGCCGCCGCAGGCGAUCGACGGCGGGCCCGCGGCCGAGGCGAGGGCCCUGCCGGACCUCCUCGACGCGGCGCGGCCCUUGGACGCCUGGCUCGCGGCGGCGGCCCAGCGCGCCGAGGCGCGGCGCCUCGAGACGGGCGACGACCGCGACCGGCAAGCUCGAGAUUUGUACGCGGCCGCGGCGAAGCUGGCCGCCGCCGGGCUGCUGGAGCACGACCGCCCGGAGAUGGACGACGACGGCCCGAGGUCCACGGCCUGGAGCGCCUACGAGGCCACGCAGCGGACGGCGCGCGCGCGGCGCGAGGCCGCCGCGCGGGCGUGGCUCGAGGACGGCGCCAAGGACCAGGUGCGCUACUUCGCCGAGGGCGGCGCGUCGCGCCAGGCGCUGGAGGACGCGGACUGCGUCGAGGGCUGCAUCGCGCGGCUGGCGCGCGGCGACGCCGCCGCCGCCGCGCGCGCGGCGACGGCCGAGGCCUGCCGCGCGGCGGCCGCGGAGCGGGGCCGCUGCGUCGCGACGUGGCGCCUCGUCCGGGCGGGGCGGCUCGAGGCCGCCGCGGACCUGAACGAGGCCUGCGCGACGGGGGCCUGGCGCGCGGUCGCGCUGCGGGGCGGCGCGCCCUGGGGCUGCGCGGGCUUCGUGCGGGGCGGCAACCGGCGGCUGCGGCUCUGGCGGGAUAUUUGUCGGGAGCGCGCGGCCGCCGCGCUCGAGAGCUGCGAGGCGCUGCGGCUCCAUGGGGAGGCCGUCGCCGACGGCGUGCGCCGCGUGGCCACGGACGACCGCGCGGCGGACGCGCGCAGGGCCGCGCGCGAGCUGGGCGACGCCGCGGCGCACGAGGCGGCCGUGUUCGGGGCCUUGGCCGGCGACGCGUCCAUCGUCGAGCGGGCCCUCGGCGACGGCGCCGCCUGGGAGGACCGGGCCUGGGCCGCGCUGGCGUGCAGCGCGGCGCGCGACGCCGACGCCGCCGACGCGACGGCGCCCGCGGCCCUCGACGACGCGCCGACGGAUCCAUCGCGGGACCUGAAGCCCGCGGGCGGCCUGCCCGCCGUCCUGCGCCUGGCCGGCUCCGCGACGCAGGCGGCGGCGGCGGCGCUGGCUGCGGCCGGCGCGCGGGCCAUCCCUGAGGCGCUUGAGUCGCUCGACGGGGCGGUUGCCGCGCCCCUGGCCCUCGUGUGGCGCCGGAUUUAUGGAGACGACCCAAACGCGGACCGGGCGUGCGACGCCGUGUUGAGGGGCGAAGCGCAGCGCCUCUGCGACGCGGGCCACUGUGGGCUCGCGCCGACGUACGCGGGACUCAUCCACGAGGACUCGCUGCGCGUCGACGCCGGGGCGGCGGUCGCGGCGCUCGCGCGGGGCGAGGACGAGGUCACGGCGACGCGCGCCGCGCUGGACGCGAGCCUGGGGCCGCGCGACGCUGCCAAGGCUUGUAGGUUAGCCGUCGCGCGUGUCUUCGACGACGCCGAUUCAUUUCUCGAGAAGCGGCCGCUCCCGGCGGCGGACGCGGUGCGCGGCGUCAGUGAUGGCGACGCGCUGCGCGUGGCCGCGCUGCGCUUGUUGAAGCCGAAGCCCCUGGAGCUCGUCCGGGCCGCGAACGCCUUGUUGGCGGGCCACGGCGGCCAGGCCUUCGACGGGGGCGCGUGGGCCUGCGCGGACGCGAUCCUGGAAGCGGUGAGCGAUCAAGCGCUGGACGACGCGCAUUCACUAGCAAGGCACGGCGACGACGGCGCCGCGGCGGCCGUCGAGGCCCACCUCGGCUGGCGCUGCGCGCGGACGGCCGUCGCCGCGGCCGAGGAACUGACGGAGGACGCCCACGCUCGCGUCGUUGCCGCGCUGCAGUUUCCGCGCGUGGCCGGCGGCGACGUAGAGAUCCGGUGGCGGAGCGAGGCGGUGCUCGAGACGCGCCGGGCGCUGGCGGAGAAGGGCGCGGCCGUCGACGAGGGCUGGCUGCGGGGCGCGGACGCGCCGCUCGCGGGCGCCGCCGCCGCGUACCUCGCCGAGGUGGCUUUAGAUCACGCGCGGCGGGCCGGCGACGCGUCCGGCGACUUCGGUUGGUACGCGCGCGGGCUGCGCGUGGCGGACUACGUCGCGGCGCCCGACGCCGCGUUCGCGGGGGCCUUGUCCGUCGAGGACGCGCGGCGGCUGAUGGGCAAGCUGAAGGCCGUCGCCGUCGAAUGUCUCCGGGCGGGCGGCGGCGCGGGCGCGGAGGUGUCGAACGUGGGGCUGCGGGACGUGCGGUGGGAGACGGGACUCGCGGCGCCUCGUAUGGACUAA